AUGGACGGCGAGAGCGAAGUGGACUUUUCCAGCAAAAGCCUAACCCCUUUGUGGCGGAGGAGGUCGACCCCUCAGCCCCAACUGCUGGCCCGGAGCAAGCCGAGGCCCCAGUCGUACCAGAGCCCCAGCGGGCUGCUGAUUACGGAUUUCCCGGUGGAGGACAGAGGGACCCUUCCCGCGGCACAGACUCCUGCCCAGGUGCCCAUAGUCUCGGACGUUAGUACGGUCCAGGAGAGCCCCUUGCUUCUGUGCGCCCAUCGGAGGCCCGUGGUCAAUGGGAGGACGGUCUCCCCGGAGUACAGGGCUGCUUCUCACAGGCUCCGACGGCCCAAGUCACCCCAUGCCCCCAAACUGGUGUCGGGUGGCUCUCCGAAACUCCCAGUGAAUGGCGUAGUGACCUCGACUGCGCUGCAGCCGCCGGUGCUGCGCCCCUCCCGAACUCCUAACGCGCCCGCCCCCUGCAGUGCCGAGGAGGACCCGACUGGGCUGAACGCCAGCCCCCUGCCCUCGCCUAUUGCAAAUGGGCUUGCCCCUAAUAGCGACUCCUCUGGCUCCCGUUCGCAGUCCGGCCAGACGGCUCAGGACCCGGAGCGGGGAUCCUCAAAACUUUCUCCUGCGCCCCAGAAAAGGGCUUCGGAACAAAAACUCCCUCUCCAAAGGCUGCCCUCACAGGAGAACGAGCUCCUGGAGAAUCCUGCAGUGGUUUUGAGUACAAACAGCCCCGCUGCCCUCAAAGUGGGGAGGCAGCAGAUCAUUCCGAAGAGCCUGGCCUCCGAGAUUAAAAUAAGUAAAUCCAACAGUCAGAAUGUGGAGCCCCACAAGAGAAUCCUCAAGGUGCGCAGCAUGGUGGAGGGCCACGGAGCGCCACUUGGCCACGCAGGGGAUGAGGCCGAGGCCGAAAACGACUUGGACAGCCCUGGGUCUCUGCGGAGAGGAUUGAGGUCCACAUCCUAUCGCAGAGCUGUAUUCAGUGGCAUUGAUUUUGACAGCCCUACCAGCUCGAAAAAGAAGAACAGAAUGUCCCAGCCAGUUCUGAAAGCAGUGAUAGAAGAUAAAGAGAAGUUUUCUAGCCUGGGAAGGAUAAAGAAAAAAAUGCUGAAAGGACAAGGAACAUUUGAUGGGGAAGAAAAUGCAGUGCUGUAUCAGAACUACAAAGAAAAGGCUCUUGACAUUGACUCUGAUGAAGAGUUGGAACCCAAAGAACAAAAGUCAGAUGAAAAAAUUGUGAUUCACCAUAAGCCACUGAGAUCCACAUGGAGUCAGCUCUCUGCAGUGAAGAGAAAUGGACUAUCUCAGACAGUUAGCCAGGAGGAAAGAAAAAGGCAAGAGGCCAUCUUUGAAGUCAUAUCCUCUGAACAUUCCUAUUUAUUAAGCUUGGAGAUACUGAUACGAAUGUUUAAAAAUUCUAAAGAACUGAGUGACACGAUGACCAAAACAGAGAGUCACCAUCUUUUCUCCAAUAUUACAGAUGUCUGUGAGGCAAGCAAAAAAUUCUUUACAGAGUUGGAGGCAAGACAUCAGAAUAAUAUCUUCAUUGAUGAUAUAAGUGACAUUGUAGAAAAACACACAACAUCUACAUUUGACCCAUAUGUGAAAUACUGCACAAAUGAAGUCUACCAACAACGGACACUGCAGAAAUUGUUAGCCACUAAUCCAUCUUUUAAGGAAGUAUUAUCACGGAUUGAGACCCAUGAAGACUGUCGGAACUUACCUAUGAUCUCCUUCCUCAUUCUUCCCAUGCAGAGAGUGACCCGCCUACCCCUGCUCAUGGACACUAUCUGUCAAAAAACAUCUAAGGACUCUCCAAAGUAUGAAGUCUGCAAAAGGGCCUUAAAGGAAGUAAGCAAGUUGGUUCGACUGUGCAAUGAAGGGGCCCGGAAGAUGGAAAGGACUGAGAUGAUGUACACAAUUAACUCCCAGCUGGAAUUUAAAAUUAAGCCCUUUCCUUUAGUCUCCUCUUCCCGCUGGUUGGUAAAAAGAGGUGAAUUGACAGCCUAUGUAGAAGACACUGUGCUUUUCUCAAAAAGGACAUCCAAACAGCAAGUCUACUUCUUUCUCUUCAAUGAUGUUCUCAUUAUCACUAAGAAGAAGAGUGAAGAAAGUUACAACGUCAAUGAUUAUUCUUUAAGGGAUCAGCUAUUGGUGGAAUCUUGUGACAAUGAAGAGAUUAAUUCUUCUCCAGGGAAGAACAGUUCCACAAUGCUUUAUUCAAGACAGAGCUCUGCCAGUCACCUCUUUACUCUGACAGUCCUUAGUAACCAUGCAAACGAGAAAGUGGAAAUGCUGCUAGGGGCUGAGACACAGAGUGAGCGAGCCCGCUGGAUAACCGCCCUGGGCCACAGCAGCGGGAAGCAGCCUCCGGACAGAACCUCACUGACCCAGGUGGAAAUCAUUAGAUCCUUUACUGCCAAGCAGCCGGACGAACUCUCCCUGCAGGUGGCAGAUGUGGUCCUCAUUUAUCAGCGAGUCAACGAUGGCUGGUAUGAGGGGGAACGACUGCGAGACGGAGAGAGAGGCUGGUUUCCUAUGGAAUGUGCCAAGGAGAUAACAUGUCAAGCUACGAUCGAUAAGAAUGUGGAACGGAUGGGACGUCUACUAGGCCUGGAGACCAAUGUGUAG